GCAGGGGGUGGGCGCUGCCGGGCACUCCCAGCUCCCCGCCGUAAACCGAUUCCUCUCCUGCCCUCGGGCCAAGCCCCGCUCUCCUAACGGAUAAAAGGGGAGGCGGCGGCCGCUCCGCUCACUCCCUGCGCUCCAGCGCCGCUGCCCUGAGCCCCGAGGCGUUGGGUACCGCGGAGCAGCCAUGUCCCGCUCUGUGAGCUUCAGCUCCCGCUCUGCCGCCGGCCCUGGCAUCAGCCACGUGCGGGUCAGCACCGUCUCCUCCACCCGCGGGCUCGGAGGCGGCUCCGGCUUGAGCCGGGCUGGGGGCUUCGGCAGCUCCAGCCUCUACAGCCUGGGCUCCGGCAGCAAGCGGGUGUCCCUGGGCGGGGGCAGCGCCUACAGCGUUCGCUCGGGGUACGGCUAUGGGGGCAUGGGGCUCGCUGGGGCGCCCGGCUCCGGCAGCAUCCAGGAGGUCACCAUCAACCAGAACCUCCUGACGCCCCUGAACCUGGAGAUCGACCCCAACAUCCAGCGGGUGCGCAAGGAGGAGAAGGAGCAGAUCAAGACCCUCAACAACAGAUUCGCCUCCUUCAUCGACAAGGUCCGCUUCCUGGAGCAGCAAAACAAGAUGCUGGAGACCAAAUGGAGCCUCCUCCAGGACCAGAAAACCACCCGCAGUAACAUUGCUCCCAUGUUUGAGACGUACAUCAGCAACCUGCGGCGGCAGCUCGACGGGCUCUUGAACGACAAAGGGCGGUUGGAGGGCGAGCUCAAGAACAUGCAGGAUCUUGUUGAGGAUUUCAAGACCAAGUAUGAAGAUGAGAUCAACAAGCGCACGGCAGCAGAGAAUGAAUUUGUGGUGCUCAAGAAGGACGUGGAUGCUGCCUACAUGAACAAAGUGGAGCUGGAGGCCAAGGUGGAUGCGCUCACGGAUGAGAUCAACUUCCUGAGGUCUCUCUAUGAUGCGGAGCUUCAAGAGCUGCAAGCCAAGAUCUCUGACACCUCAGUGGUGCUGUCUAUGGAUAACAGCCGAAACCUGGACCUGGACAGCAUCAUUGCAGAGGUCAAAGCACAGUAUGAGGAGAUUGCCAACAGGAGCCGGGCGGAGGCUGAGUCCUGGUACCAGAGCAAGUACGAGGCCCUGCAGGUCACCGCAGGGAAGCACGGGGAUGACCUGCGCAACACCAAGAACGAGAUCGUGGAGAUCAACCGCGUGAUCCAGAGGCUGCAGGGGGAGAUCGAAAACGCAAAGGCGCAGCGCGCCAAGCUUGAGGCAGCCAUCGCUGAGGCUGAGGAACGUGGGGAGCUGGCCCUCAAGGAUGCCAGGGCCAAGCUGGAGGAGCUGGAGGCAGCCCUGCAGAAGGCCAAGCAGGACAUGGCUCGGCAGCUCCGCGAGUACCAGGAGCUCAUGAACGUCAAACUGGCCCUGGACAUCGAGAUCGCGACCUACAGGAAGCUGCUGGAGGGAGAGGAGAGCAGGUUGGCUGGGGAUGGAGUUGGCAGCGUCAACAUCUCCGUGGUCAGCUCCAGCAGUGGAGGUGGCUUUGCCAGUUCCAGUGGAUUGCUGGGAGGAGGACUCGGAGGAGGCCUUAGCCUGGGCUCAGGAAUGGGCAGCGGAGCGCUCGGCUUCUCCUCCGGGGGUGCCACCAAGUCCUACACUGUCACCACGACCUCGUCCAGCAGGAGAAGCUUCAGGAAGUAACGCCGGGAGUGGAGAGCAGCGGUACCCGUUACAUGGGAGGGGGGAAACCAUAGAGAGCAAAGUCUUUGUUGCCUUCCUAGGACAAACUGGCUGCAGAAUUCCAGCAGUGAAGGAACUGGAGUGAGAAACACCAGUGCCUGCCCCGGCCACAUCACCCCAGGCUUGAUCCUGCACUCCUGAACUUGGUGGGAGCUGUUCCACGGAGAGCAGGUUCAAGCCUGUAGGGUGAAGUUCAUCCGGUGAAGCAGGCGGGAUAACGCUUUUGUUACUUGUGUGCUUGGUACCCCCUGCUCAGGGCUGGCUUUCACCCUUUGAAUGGGAAAGGAAUCAUUUGAGUGGCAAGGAAUUCCUCACUUGGGCUGUGGGUUUGGGAAAGACACCAGGAGAUUGUCUGCCUUGUAAUAGGAUUGGGAACAUUUCAUUCCCUUGGGCUCCCCAGAACAGCUCAGCCCUUGCUGAGGUUGCAGCCUGGGUUGGUUUUGUUAACGUUCCCCAAGAAGAAAAGAGUGAAACUGCUUUGGGGUUCUCUUUUCUUUGGAAAUGGCUCAGAAAUGGAGCUCUGGGAUUCUCCUCUGGCUGAAGCUGGUUUCUCACCGAAGGCAAUGCAGGCAGAUCUACUUUCAGGCUCUUUCUAGCCAAGCAACUCAUAAACAAGCUCCCCACCCCAUUCCCUCUCCUUAAAAGAAGCCCAAAGCUUAAGGGAUAUGAAGUUACUUAAACAUUCCCCAUCUCCAAGUGUCUCUUUUACCACCCUGGCCUUCAAAGCGUAUCUGGUGUCUCUACUAAAGGUAGGGAAGAGCGUGCUUUGUUAAUGCAUCACUACAAUGACUACUUGUUCCUGCCCAAGUGUGUCUUCAGCUGAACCGUGCCAGGGCAAUAGGUUCUUCCUGCAGUAGGAAUGAUUCUGGGAUAAAAAGCUCACAGAAGCUGCACAGAAUUGUGGUGUUUCAUGCUCAGCCGUGUCCUAG